AUGCAAGCACCAGGUCCCUCGAGAUCUAUGCAACGGCGUUCACCAGGUGCCGAGCCUGGCCCGCCUCCUCAUAUACCAGCGCGAUCAAUGUCUCCAGCUGUGGGAAUGGCCGGUCCCGUCCAAAGUCGCUCCUCGACAGCCUCGAAUCGAUCUGCAGGAAGCAGUGGUGGUGGCAGCUCCAGGAGAGCAAACGCCUCGAGUGGCUCUGGAUCCAACAUGCCUUUGUCUCAGAUCGAAAAAAGUGUCACCCACCUACUUGUUGCCACGAAACAACUCCUCGAGACCCUCACGCAAUGGUCUCGUGGGCAGGCGACGGAUACGCAGGUAUCCGAUGUCUAUGUGCGGCUGGGAUAUGAAUUCAACAUGGCGUGCCGGGCGUUUACUGCUAUCAACGUCGACACUUCAGAUCUCGGCAAUGUCCCAGAGCUGUUGCGGAAUAUCCUGGAAGCGACUCUCAGCCAGGAAGCCAGCGUCGAAAGUCUCGAGAAGUACUUGCCGCGGAUACGUGACAUCAUCAUCAACCUCCUUCACGGCUUGAAGCGCAAACAGCAAAAACUGAGGCAGAAGCAGUCACGGGAAAGGGAGAAUGGAAUACCUAGUGAAGCCAGUGUAGGCCGCACGACCAGCACUAGUACGGUUGGAAGUGGGAACUCUGGACUAACUUCUCUAUUGAACGAGGGACUUGAGAACGGAUACAGGCCGGAGACGCAGCGAGAAGAGCCGGCGAGCAGACUCAACUCAUCUCCUAGUCGGCGAUUUGCGGCACAACGCGACCAGUCACAGGCCUCAAUCACCUCUGAGCAGUCGACAUUGUCCAGCAGUACUAUGCAGAAUAUCCCCGUUCUUCCACCAUAUCCUAGCGACGAACCCAGCAUAGCCUCUGGGCCUCCGGCGAAUGAUCUAAGUAUCGACUCUUUCCCUCCACCACCACCGCCACCCAAAUCCUCCCAGAGCGCUCUAGCAGCUCUUCAACGGGGGGGAGAGCUGGAGAGGAGGGCUUCGCGAAGAUACUCACAGUAUCAGAUUUCGAAACAUCUCGGCAGUGGUGCCAAUGGAGUUCCUAUUCUCCCUCCUCAGAAUACUCCGAUUCCCAACCGAGGCCGUGGGGAAGUGAGGGAAUCCAUGCGGGCUGUACAAAUCCGUGAUAAUCUCAAACAUAACCGUAAUGAGUCGAGCCAGUCGCUGGCAGGCGGUGCCGACUCCUCACCAGUCAGAGCACCGAGUCGAGUAUCGGAGGAAAAGGAGGCCGUGACUUCAGAUGUCAUCGACAGUCCUACUGCGCAAACGCCUGAUGACAAAUACCCCCAACCGAGCGCAACACUGAACGGCCCACCGCCUGAUGUCUUGCCUAUGGUUGGCGAUUUUGGUGAGAUUAACGGCACACCCGUCAAAUCUUCAGAAACGAAAUCAGUGGUGCCUUUGGUGGAGCCAACACCGACCAAGAGCCAUCCGGUAGAUUCAGAACCAGGGGCUGCCCCAUCCACGAAAGAACUCACUCUCUUCCUCCAGUAUAAGUCGAAGGUCAAGAAGUUUGUGUUGGCUGAAGGCUACAGUGAACUCACCAUCGGUCGACUUCAGCUUGCAUUUAUCGAAAAGUUCUCGUGGAACACCCAACAGAAUGGCGUGGACCUGCCUGAGAUCUAUAUUCAGGACCCGAUAUCUGGUGUACGGCAUGAGCUCGAGGAUCUAUCAGAUAUCAAAGAUCGUACCGUUCUGGUCCUCAACAUUGAGCCUCUGGACGAAGUCAAACGGCACAUCGAUGAAGGUCUUGGGUCUAUCAAGAAGAUGAUGCAGGAGGUCAAACAAAACGUUGAUGAUCAGGGUGCAGCCCUUCAACGAGUGUCGGACAGGCAGCAGGAGGCAGCGAAGGACAUGGCGCGCAUCGCCGCGGCACCUCCACCGCCCAUGACACCCCCUGCAGACUCCCCAAGGAAUGCAGCCGCGGCUGUGUCUGGGCGUAAACUUAAUCCCAGCCAUGUGUCUGAGCUUCACAGCCUGCGCCGUGAUCUCGCAGUCCUGCGGCAGACCUACUCGAACUUCCAGUCGGAGGUGCAAGGCUCAAUGACAGCACUCCGGAACAAGGCCAACAACGUUAAAGUUGCUGCUGCGAAAGCAUCUGUGCCCGAUGUCGACGGGGACUCGGGUCAGGCAUAUGUCAACAGUGGCCGCAAGCAGCUCAACACCGACUCGGACCGGCUUGUCACCAAGGUCGACGAUCUCCAGGACCUUGUGGAGGAUCUGCGCAAGGACGUUGUUAUGCGUGGUGUCCGACCCUUGCCACGCCAACUUGAGACUGUGACCAAGGAUAUUACGACUCUGACCAAGGAGCUCAAGAAGAUGGAGGACUACAUGAAGCGCGAGAAGCCCGUCUGGACCAAGAUUUGGGAGAAGGAGCUGGAGGACGUCUGCCAAGGCAGGGACGAGCUGAGACUCAUGGAAGACCUGAUGGUCGACCUGCGUGACGACCUCGAGAAGGCAUCCGAAACAUUUGCGCUGGUCGAGCAGGCUACAAAGGAGCAGAUGAAAGAUGUCGGCACGGGCGCUGCUGCAGCUCCCGCCCGCGCCUUUUCCAAGGGCUUGAACAGGAUCGGAGACAAUGUCGGCGUCGAUCCGAGCACCGCCAAGGAAGGCGUCCUCGGCGAGGUGCGGGCUCUGCAGCCCAACCACGAGGACCGCCUGGAAGCUAUCGAGCGGGCCGAGAAGCUGAGGCAGAAGGAGCUGGAGAGCCGGCGCGUGAACCCUCUCAUGAAGGAACUGACCGACUUCGUCGGCGAGGGCAAGCUGAAGAAGUCUGGCGGAUUCGAAGAGGUGGAACGCGCACGCAAGGCCAAGGACGACCGGAUCAGGCGCGAGGUUUGGGAGAGGCAGAACGGUAUCAUCCCGGAGGACCCGGUGGGCGAGGACGCGGCGGAUCAGCCGCAGGAGGAAGCGGCCGCGCCUGCGAGCGAGUGA